CAUGUCACAACACUGGAGGUCUCCAUCAGUCUCUAGACUCAGAGAAGAUAUGAUGUCGCCAUUCCUCAACCCAUCACAAAGAAACAUUUCACCAAAAAGCUGGAGCUCCCCCCAUCAGAGCUGGCAGAGCAGAAACCGACCAGCCUCUCAGAGCCACUGGAGCCCUCAAUAUUACAAUUCUAGUUCUAGUCCAAAUGGACAGUGGGCAUCCCGACAACAGUGGUCUCCUAACCAAUGGGACCCAGCAUCCAAUUACCACAGAAGCUGGAGCUACAGCCCAGGAACUCCUAAAUAUUCACCUUUUUAUAAAAAUAAUCCUGAGCGUGGUUUGGUAUACCCCGAGAAAAGGGCGCAGGUACACUUCAGAAGAAACCACAAAGACAUCAGUCACUACUACAGCCCAUACAUGGUGGAGGACCCUUGGGCAGAACUGGAGGCUGCGGCUACAGGGAAAACAGUGUCUACACAAGAAUUUUUUUCUGAAAUCAAGCACUUUUAAGAAGACAUUUAUCGUCAACUCUACCUUCUAUGAAAGCAUCAAGUGUUGAAUUCUAUACAAGGACCAUAAAAGUUUAACUUACUUUAACAAAACAAACUGCACAGUAUAAGGACUGCCCAAUGCCAGCCUGACCUGCAAUUUUAAUUACAGAUUAGAACAUCAAUCUACAGUGCCACCAUGAAGCUGAA